AUGCAUCCGCAUGCACCAAAAGAUCCCAUGUCACAAGAGCCAUUGCCAGAUUUCUGGGUAGCGCCCGGCGAGAUCUCCGCUUUCUUCGACUCUCCUUCCGCUUCGAUGUAUCGAAGCCCUGCGUCAGGCGAAGAUAUCCUCUCUUUAACGGAUCAGUCGGGCAGCCCAUCACAGCUUCAGGGGCUGCUCAGUGCAGAUGAUCAGUUUGACGCGACGCUUCAUAUGGGCGCGCAUUCUAGCACUUCUCUCGAUAUGCAUAUCGAUCCGCUCUUUGAUUAUGAGGAAGGUCUUCUGCCCCCGAAUCCCCCACCACAAUGCUUCAGUGCGGCAAGCUCUUUGGUGAGAUUGCGAGAAGAGAUAGACUGUCGCAUUGCGACGGUCGACGCAUACUAUUCUGAUUCCUCCAAAGUCAUACAGGGCUGCAAAGACGGGGGCGCCGGCCGAGAUGUUGAGAACCCGGCAGCGUUACUUCUUACAUGCAGCAAAGAUUUCACCGACAUCAUCCAGAGCUUCACGCCGGCGGCUCAGUUGCAUACGCAGACUGAGGAUGUGCUUAGCACAGAGACCGUGCUCUUGGUUCUGUCUAGCUAUCUUGCGUUGAUGAGGCUUUUCGACACCCUAUUCUACCGAAUUCACAAAUUCCUUUCACAGGUGCCGCUGGAAUCGUACGAUGCCAUCAAGGUCAAAUCAGUACUCCGAAUCGGCGGUAUCUCUUCACUUCAAGACAUGCCGUUGAAAGCGUAUGCUUUAGGCAUUCUCGAUGCCAUUCAGAGUCAGAUGCAAACUCUAGAGCGUUGUAUGGGAAUCCCAGCCGAAUACUGUCUCUCAGGCGAGGCGGCAGCCCCACACAACGCGGUAGCCCCUGGGAUAUUCUCCCAUGGACAGCGAGCAGAGUUAUUUUGGGCCGUCAUGGCCCAGGAGGACGUCAAGUCGCUGCGGGGUAGCAAGUCGUACGUAGAUUCGAUACGAACCAGUAUCAAGGAGUCGAUGGCAUUUGUUCAUGACUAG